GCGGGCGGAGGGCGGCGGCGGCAGCGGCAGCAUGGCGAGCUGCCGGCGGCUGAGCGGCGCGGGGCUGCGCGAGGUGCUGGGCCCGGCCCAGGGGCUGCUCUUCGACUGCGACGGCGUCCUGUGGGCGGGCGAGCGCGCCGUGCCCGGCGCCCCCGAGCUGCUGGAGCGCCUGCGGCGCAGCGGCAAGGCCGCCCUGUUUGUCAGCAACAACAGCCGCCGCUCGGUGGCCGAGCUGGAGCGGCGCUUCAGCCGCCUCGGCUUCCGCGGCGUGCGCGCCGAGCACGUCUUCAGCUCCGCGCUCUGCUCCGCGCUCUUCCUCCGCCAGCGCCUCCUGGGCGGCGGCGGGAACGGCAGCGGGGCCGGGCGCGUCUUCGUGCUGGGCGGCGAGGGGCUGCGCGGCGAGGUGCGCGACGCGGGGCUGCGCCUGGCGGGCGAGGGCGAACCGGCACCCGGCGAGCCGGUGCGCGCCGUCCUGGUGGGCUACGACGACCAGUUCACCUUCGCCAAGCUGGCACAGGCCUGCAGCUACCUGCGCGACCCGCAGUGCCUGCUGGUGGCCACCGACCCCGACCCCUGGCACCCGCUCAGCGACGGCCAGCGCACCCCUGGGACUGGCAGCCUCACAGCCGCGGUGGAAACUGCUUCGGGCCGCAAGGCGCUGGUGGUGGGGAAGCCCAACACGUACAUGUUCGAUUGCAUUGUGGAGCGUUUCGGCGUCGACCCGUCCCGCACCCUCAUGGUGGGAGACCGUCUGGAGACAGAUAUCCUCUUCGGCAAGAACUGCGGGCUUGCCACCAUUCUCACCCUGACAGGUGUUUCCCGCCUGGAAGAGGCGCAGGCCUACAUGGCCAGCGACAGCGCCGCUGCCAAGGAUCUGGUGCCCAAUUACUAUGUGGACAGUAUUGCAGACUUGAUACCAGGCCUGGAUGAGUAGCAGUCUGUAUGUGUGAGGGCAGAGGGAUCAGGUUCCCCAUCCCAGAUCUCCAUCUGUUCCUACUUCUCUCUCACUGCCCUAUUCCCUCAAUUCUGGGUUUCUUCACAUUCCAGCAUCCUUCUUUGGGGGCAGAUGGGAGCAGGGUUGGCAGGAGGAGACAGGCUUUGAGUUGCCUCCUUUCUGCUGAGAGCUAUCCAUGAUGGACAGAGUCCUCUUCUCCUUCGUUGCCAGCUACCAGCAUCACUGAGAGAGAUCUGGAGGUCUUGAGGCUGACAGGGGGGUCAAAUCAGUGUGCCUGUGUGGCCUCUCCCCCUGCAGGAGUUAGGGACUGGCUGUCUUAGUAUUAUCUUUCCCUUAUCUUAGUAUUAUUUUUCCCUUGGAUAACCAGUGUUGGCCUUUCACUGCUGUCCUAUGGCUCAUAACUCUUGACUUCUGAGCUGCAUCCCUGCGGUCCUUUUGGUAACCUUGCCGGGGGGGGGGUUAUCACCCACCUGGUCUCCAUCAGUGCUAGGGCAUGUGGAAGGAGUGUGCCAGAGCUUUGGAGCGAUGAACAAGAGCAUCUCUGCCUCCCACAAGUGAAAGAGAGCAUUGCCUUAUCUCUUUUCUCCCCCCAUUCCUUAGAGAUGUUUCCCCCACUACUGCCCUGACGCAACUCGGUUAAUAACUGUGCCAGUGUCUAUCUGAAGGACGGAAGAGACUGGUUUGAGGGGUUUUUGUGCCAAACAGACAAGCUGUGACUGCGCACAGUGGGUCUGCGUUUGUACCUUGUUUUCAAGUACCCUUUCUGAAGGGGCUUGUGAAGGAGAGAGGGCUCCUAGAUCAUGACAGCACAGUACUAGUGAACUGUAUGACUCCCUAGUUCCCCCUCCUCAGUUGGAUUUUUUCAUAGUACAGUGAGAGAAAAGGGCUGAUGGGGGUCCAUGCCCCAGCUGCUGGUGUGCAGGUGAGAUGGUGAUGGUGUUGUCACUGCUGUGAAUGUGUCACAGUCCUCAAAAUCAUUCCUUGCUGCUUUGUCUUUCUACGUUUUUUUAAUUUCUUGAUUUAAUUUAUUCAAACUUAUUUAUUGUUCAAAUAUUGUAUUAUUUGUAUAAAGUAUGCUGAUUGGUUGCACCAAGGGGACAGGAGGCAGUGCCUUUGGGCCUCCCAUACUGUCCAUGUCCCAUGUUGAUGUUCUUACACUCACCGUGUCUCUGUAUAUAAUAAAGUGUGAGCGUAGGCUGGAAAU